UGGAGCGCGAUAUUCUGGUGGAGGGUGAACCAUCCGUUCAUUGUAAAGUUGCACUAUGCCUUUCAGACAGAAGGGAAAUUAUACCUGAUUCUGGAUUUUCUCAGGGGAGGAGACGUCUUCACACGCUUAUCCAAAGAGGUUAUGUUUACAGAGGAGGAUGUGAAAUUCUACCUGGCAGAACUGGCACUGGCCUUGGACCAUUUGCACAGCCUGGGCAUCGUCUACCGGGACCUGAAGCCUGAAAACAUUUUGCUUGACGAAGCCGGACAUAUCAAGUUAACAGAUUUUGGGCUGAGUAAGGAGUCUGUGGACCAUGAAAAGAAGGCGUACUCGUUCUGCGGUACGGUGGAGUAUAUGGCGCCAGAAGUGGUGAACAGGCGAGGUCACACUCAAAGUGCCGAUUGGUGGUCGUUCGGUGUCCUUAUGUUUGAAAUGCUGACGGGAACGCUCCCCUUCCAAGGAAAAGAUCGCAACGAGACCAUGAACAUGAUUCUGAAGUCAAAGCUCGGGAUGCCGCAAUUUUUGAGCCCCGAAGCGCAGAGUCUGCUGAGAAUGUUAUUCAAACGAAAUCCAUUAAAUCGAUUAGGUGCCGGCCUGGACCGGGUGGAGGAGAUAAAACGACAUCCGUUCUUUGCUACCAUUGACUGGAAUAAGCUGUACAGGCGUGAAAUCCAACCCCGUUUAAACCCGCUUCCGGAAAACCUGAGGACACGUUCUGUUUUGAUCCGGAGUUCACAGCCAAAACGCCAAAAGACUCUCCCGGAGUUCCCCCCAGUGCCAAUGCCCACCAGCUCUUUAAAGGCUUCAGCUUUGUGGCUCCGUCCUCCAUUGAGGAACAUAAAAUCUCCUCGGUCACCACCACCCUGCCCAUUGUACAGCAAUUCCAUGGAGGCCGGGCGCAGUUUACAGACAUCUACGACCUUAAGGAAGAUAUUGGUGUUGGCUCCUAUUCCAUAUGUAAACGCUGCAUUCACCGGGCGACCAACAUGGAGUACGCAGUGAAGAUCAUCGACAAGAGUAAGAGAGAUCCGUCAGAAGAGAUUGAGAUCUUGAUGCGGUACGGACAGCAUCCGAACAUCAUCACCCUAAAAGACGUGUACGAUGACGAUGGGCGCUACGUCUACCUUGUGACUGAAUUGAUGAAAGGCGGAGAGCUGCUCGACCGGAUACUCCGACAGAAGUUCUUCUCCGAGCGAGAGGCCAGUGCCGUCCUCUACACCAUCACCAAGACCUUGGACUACCUGCACUGCCAAGGGGUGGUUCAUCGAGAUCUGAAGCCCAGUAAUAUCCUCUACAUGGACGAUUCCAGCAACGCAGACUCCAUCCGAAUAUGUGACUUUGGCUUUGCCAAGCAGCUGAGAGGAGACAACGGGCUGCUGCUGACUCCGUGUUAUACGGCCAACUUUGUGGCCCCCGAGGUCCUGAUGAGACAAGGCUAUGACGCUGCCUGCGAUAUCUGGAGCCUCGGAGUGCUGCUUUAUACUAUGCUGGCCGGGUACACGCCGUUUGCCAACGGGCCGAACUGCCGAACGACACGCCGGAGGAAAUCUUACUGCGAAUAGGAAGCGGGAACUUUUCACUGAGCGGAGGCAACUGGGACACCGUGUCUGACGCGGCAAAGGAUGUGCUCUCUCACAUGCUCCAUGUUGAUCCUCAUCAGCGAUACACGGCAGAGAAGGUAUUAAAGCAUUCCUGGAUAGCUUGCAGAGACCAGCUCCCUCUAUACCAGCUCAACCGGCACGAUGCACCUCACCUGGUCAAGGGUGCGAUGGCUGCUACAUACUCGGCACUGAACCACAAGACAUUUCAGCCAAUACUCGAGCCCGUGGCGGCCUCCAAUCUAGCUCAGCGGCGUAGCAUGAAAAAGCGAACGUCGACAGACUUAUAG